UGAAAGUGAUUGGAGUCCUCACAUUGCCUCUUCUGAUUGGUUGUCCCUGAGUAUCACAUGUUUAGGGCAUCCUUAAAAUGAAGUGAUUGAGCACCUAUAUUUCAUAGAAGUUUCUGGUUUUAGAAGGUUUUAGUUUCCUUUUUGCUUAGUCAUCCUUCCAGUUACAUUUUCUAUCAUGUGUGAGUCAUUUUUAGGAAGCUGGAAACUCAUUUCUAGUGAAAACUUUGAGAGCUAUAUGAAAGAAUUGGGAGUGGGUUUUGCUACUAGGAAGCUUGGCAGCCUGGCCAAGCCGAGUGUGAUUAUCAGUACUAACAAUGACAUAAUAACCAUCAAAACAGAGAGCUCCUUUAAAAACACUGAGAUCUCCUUCAAGCUGGGGGAAGAGUUUGAAGAAACCACAGCAGAUGACAGGAAAACCAAGAGCAUUAUCACCUUGGACAAUGGCUCUUUGAUUCAUGUGCAGAAGUGGGAUGGCAAAGAGACGACAAUAAAGAGAAAACUGGUGGAUGCUAAGCUUGUGGUGGAAUGCACCAUGAAUAAUGUCACCAGCACAAGAGUCUAUGAGAGGGCCUGAGGAAUUCCCAUCUCCAUGUUGGAUCAGAACUUGCUGUUAAGAAUCUGUUCAAUGACGACUGCACAACACUGCUGUCCAAUUCUGCAAGUUUCUUCAAUCACUUUGAGAUACAAGCAUAUUCCUAGUAAAGUUGUAACUAAUCUGCAGUCAGUGACUGUGGCUAUUAAAUAAAACAUUUCUGAGCAUAUA